ACUUGCAUUGAUCAAGCACUAGAGAGAAUAUAAUAGAUCGCCGGAGAUGACGGAGGGCGUGGUGAAGUUCGCCGUGGACAAGCUGGAGUCGAUGGCGGCGCAGGAGCUGAAGCUGCAGACGGAGGUCGGGAAGAAGGUGCUCGAACUCCGCCACGAGCUCGAGUGGCUCCGCACCUUCCUCCGCGACGCCGACCGCAAGCGCCGCGGCUCCUCCUCCUCCUCCGCCACCGGCGGCGCCGCCGCCGCCGCGUACGACGAGCUGAUCGAGGUGUGGGUGCGGCAGACGCGGGAGCUGGCGCACGACGCGGAGGACCUCCUGGAGGAGUUCGUCCACCGGGGGGAGCUCCACUGCCAUGGCUGCUUCGACCUCCCCUCCUUCCUCCGCUGGCUCCGCCACUCCGCCGCCGGCGUCUUCGCCCGCCACGCCAUCUUCGACGGCAUCGAGGACAUCAACAAGCGGAUCGAGCAGAUGAAGCAGCAGCGCAAGGAGUGCAACCUCGAGAAGCUGCCCUGUGCCUCCAAACCUCACCGCAAGAAGUACACUGACUGGUCAUCGCUGACUGAGCUGGAGAUCGAAGACAACCUGGUCAAGAUCGGCGACUACGACGAAAUCAAGAGGCUGGUCCUCGACCAGAGCCGGCAAAGGACGGUGAUCAACCUCACCGGCAAGAGCGGCAUCGGCAAGACGACGCUGGCGAGCUACCUCUACCGGCGGAGCAGCAUCCGGAAGCACUUCGCCUGCACGGCGUGGGUCCACGUCCCCCGCAAGUUCCGCUUCGCCGACCUCCUCCACGACGUCAUCCGCCAGGCCAACGCCUCCUCCGGCCACGACGACGAUGAGCUCGCCGCCGCCGCCGCCGACGACGACGUGCGGCGCCGGGGUGGGAUGGAGGCGGAGAGGCUCGUCAAGGCGCGCCUCGCCGCCGCGCUCCAGGGGAGGAGGUACCUCGUGGUGCUCGACGACGUCCGGAGCAGGGAGGAGUGGGCCUUCUUCCUCGCCGCGCUCCCCGCCGGCCUCGCCGGCAGCUGCGUGCUCGUCACGACGCAGGUCAAGAUCAGCGAGGAGUCGGCGGCGGAGCAAUCCGGCGGCGUCGUGCGCACCAGGGAGCUCGGGAAGCUGCGGCCGGAGCAGGCCGCCGAGCUGUUCCGCCGGAGGGUGUACGGCCACGGCGAGCCGGACCCGAAGAAGAUGGAGCAGCUCAAGAAAGUCGUGGACUCCAUGACGAAGGGAUCCAACCUGCCGCUCAACAUCGUCAUGCUCGCCGGACUCUUGAGGUCCAAGAAGGAGGAUGAAUGGGAUGCCGUGAUCCAUAGCCUCGAUGAUACGCCGCCGCCGCCGACAUCGCCGGAGCAGAUGCCGCCGGAGAAGGAUAGCCUCGAUGAUAUCGCGCCUGCUGCCGCCAGCGAGACGGCGCCGACAUCGACGGAACAAACGACGAAGAAGAAGAUGAAGGGGAAGCAGAUGGCGACGUCGAUGGACAAGAUAUUGACGGUGUGCAUGGACGACCUGCCGACGCAUCUGAAGCCGUGCUUCCUCUACUUCGCCGGGUUCACCGCGCAGACGCCGAUCUGCGCCGGGAAGCUGGUCCGGCUGUGGGUCGCCGAGGGGUUCAUGCAGGCGAAGAACGGGCAGACGGUGGAGGAGCACGGCGAGGAGUGCCUCAAGGAGCUCAUCUCCCGGUGCCUCGUCCAGCUCGUCGAGACGGACGCCGCCGGCGGCAGGGUCGCCGCCGUCAGCGUCCACCAGGCGGUGCUCGACUUCGCCCAGGCGGAGGCGCGCGACACCAACUUCCUCCACGUCCACAGCGGCGCCGCGGGCCUCUCCAACGGCGCCGCCCGCCGCCUCGCGCUCCGCAACACCUACGACACCGACCUCGCCGUCAUGCUCGAGGCGCCCAAGCUCCACACCCUCCUCUGCGACAUCCCGGAGCGCGCCGCCGACGCCGCCGGCGCCGCGGCGUGGCAGAGAGCGCUCGAGCUCAUCAAUGGCCGCGCCCCCACCUUCUCCGUCCACGGCUCGAGGUUCCUCCGCGUGAUGGAUCUCAAGGGCGUGCGGCUGCCGCACCGGGAGUCGCUGCCGGAGGAGAUCGGGUGGCUGAUCCACCUCAGGUACCUGGGCCUCUCGCACACCGCCAUGAGGCACCUCCCGAGCUCCGUCAAGAGGCUCCGGAACCUGCAGACGCUGGACGUGUCGCGCACGGACGUCGAGGCGCUGCCGUGGCGGCUCUGGCGCAACCCCUCGCUCCGCCACGUCAUGGCGAGGCGGCUCGCCGCGUGGUCCGCGCCGGACGAGCGCGCCGUGCUCCCGGACCUGCAGACGCUCCACGGCGUGCCGUGGGGCCGGUGGGCUCGGAGCGGCGGCGGCGGCGCCAUCGGGAAGAUGACCAGCCUGCGGUCGCUCAUGGCGUGGAACGUCUCCGCCGCCGCCGCAGCCGGCGGCGGCGGCGGCGAGCGGCUGUCGUCAGCUCUGGCCGGGCUGGAGUGCCUGCGGUCGCUGGACCUCGAGGCGGCGGACGACGCCGCGACGACGCUCCCGCUCUGGGACCUCCUCACCAUGCUUGGCCUGAGACAGCUCGAGUACCUCACGCUACGAGGCAGGGUGGCGCCAUGGAACCCGCCGCCACCGGAGACGACGACGACGCCGACGACGCCGCCACCAUUGCAAGGCCACCACCACCACCACCACCAUUACCUCCUCCCAAACCUCGCCAAGCUCGAGCUGCACAGAUCAGAGUGCGACCAACCCCUCAUCGACGCCAUCGCCAAGCUCCCCAACCUCGCCGAGCUCGUGCUCGACGAGGCGUCCUACGUCAAGCCCUACAUGAGGUUCCCCGCCGCCGGGUUCCCCAAGCUGAGGAAGCUGCAGCUCACCAGCCUAGACAAGCUGACAGAGUGCACCGCGGCGGCGGCGGCGGCCGGAGACGGCGGCGGCGGCGCGCUGCCGCAGCUCCGGCACGUGUCCGUCUUCCACUGCGGGAAGCUGAACACGUUCCCGGUGAAGAUGGCGCCGAAGCUGGAGCUCCUCACCAUCCAUGAUUCGGAGGAGUUGAAGAAUUUCAUGGAUUGCAACCAAGACAACGAGCACAUCCACGUGGUGCAUGGCAAGAUGUCCAAGAGGAGGGUGAUGACUGCCCCCAAAUAGAAGGAGUACUAAAAUCAGAGCAAGUAUAAUAAUAAAGUAUUGCUUGGGUUUAAAAUGAAAAAAAUGGGUGACGUCAGCAUGGUAUCGUACAUGACCGUCGUACUUCAUCAUGCUGAUGGUAAUACAUGGGGUACUGAAAAUUAAAAACAAUAUAAGGAUAUUAUAUAUAAACGUUGGUAGGGAAACUAUUUUGAUAUCUUGCGGGAACCUCCCUUAUUUAUUUAAAAUCAUCUAAAUAAUUAUGAAAAGUUUCAAAAAAAAUUGACAGUGUUAAUAGAAUUUUUAUUUUUUUCUCAAUGGGUAUGUUGAAUUUAAACUUUAAUUUUUGGACUAUAAAUGUCACUAUUCAUUUUUUUUCAAAUUUUUUAUAACUAUUUGUAUUGAAUUUGGGAGAAAAAAAUACACGAUGGACUAUUCAUUUUUUUCAAAUUUUUUAUAAUUAUUUGUAUUGAAUUUAAAAGAAAAAAAAUAUAUGGGCAGAUAUCACUGAUUAAAAUUUGUUUCCCAAUAUUAUCUAUGUAACUAUCUGCACUAUUCAUUGUACGACAAUGUGUAAAUUGCAUGUAUGAGCGUCUUUGUGGAUUGUUAACUGCUUAAUUUGUACACGGGGUGCGGUUAUCAUGUAGAGUAAUAUGCUCCGUGCGAGUAUAUACGGUUGUACUAUAUACAUGUAUGGUACUCUAUAUGGAAUGAUAUAUGAUUGUUUUGAAUA